AUGUCGGGAGCAUACAGUCAGGUGGACGCCACGGGCGCAUACCUUGCUAAUGUGAUUCUGAAAAAUGGCAGAAACGAGGUCCAGAUCUAUCCAAUCGCACAGCAUCCAGGCCCUUUGGUCGUGGAGAACCUCAUCAAGAGAUUCGAACUAGAUAUUGACCAGAACGUGGUCUGUUCCACUUGGUUCAGUGAGUCCAGCGUCACAGAAACACCCCGCAAGGGUAAGAGAAGAGCCAGUGAGGCCGAAUCUCACGUUUCAAACGGAUCGCUCAACGGCAACGGUCAUAUCAAUGGUCAUACUUCCACCUCAUUAUUUGCGGUCGCUUUGGCUAACGGAACUGUACUUGUAUUUUCGCCCAACAAGGAUGACGCCGCCUACACCAUCACAUGCAUUGACUCGUGCGUCUCCUUGACGCGGUCAACCACUUCUGGCCAUUUCUGGGCCCUUUCAAAUUCCCAGGUAGUUUCGGAGGUUGAUGUUAGUAGUAACACCUUGGUGAAACUGUUCAAGUUAGGUAAAACCGAUGCCGAAGUUGGUAAAAUUUGGCAGACAGACUUUGUUGUAAAAAAACUGGGUGCUUCAGCAUUGCUUGUCGCUUCGUCCAAGGUGCACUUGGUAGAUGGAACCAAAUCCAAGAAACAGGUUAUCGGAGAGCUUGCACAAGAAGGCAAUGACGAGUCAUCGCUUUUGCCCUUCGCAUAUAUGCUGCCAGUGUCAGGAUCUGUGGUCUCUCUUGUCAGAGAGCUGUCUUCCACGUUAAUUUUGCAUGAUAUUUCUAAACCAGAGAAUGAACCAGUCACUUUUGAGAGCAAAUGUGGUACGAUCACGAGGGUGGAAUUUUUGAAGAACGACACUGGAGUAAUUUUCGGUGACAAUGGUGCUGAGGUCGUCAAGGUCAGCAAUGGAAUCACAUCGUGUGCCAUUGUCAAGACGAACCAACCUACUAUUUUCUUUGAGAACAUAUUCUUCGCUGCACAGAACGGCGUAAUUGGUGUGUGGUACGACGCAAACCAACCCCGGUUUGUGAAGUUAUCGGAUGAUAUCCACUUUCUGGGUAAUUACUCCAUUCCCAUCGACUAUAAAUCCAAAACCUGUGAUCUGGACAUUUCCACACCCGAGAUUACAUUUGUUGCAUCCGAAUCAACUAGCAUCAACAACAUUGCACCAGCAGAGCUUUUCUCCGAGUUGUCUGACUUAUUGCUCGAGGAAACUGUCUCUAAGAAAAGUGUCAUUAAGUUGUGUUCCAGCAAUGACAUCGAAGAUAAUAUCAAGGACACUAUUCGUCUCUUUUCGCAGGCCAGUGAGUGUUCAGUCCUUGUCAAGAACCUCUUUCUGAUCAUCAGCCAUAAGGUGGCCAGCGAAACGAGCAAAAAGUCGUCGUUGUCGAUGUGGCUUAAAUGGCUUUUGCUAGCUCAUGGAGGAUACAUUUCCAAACAGGAGGAGUUAGCCAGCGAAUUGAAGAACUUGCAGAGCAGCCUUGAUAACGGAAUGAAGAUGAUGCCAAAGCUUUUAGCUCUCCAGGGCCGCUUGCAAUUGUUGAAGUCGCAGGCAGAGCUUCGAGAGAGAAUUAGGAACCAAACCAUGGAGGAAGUGGAGGAGGAGAGUGCUGAAGAGGCAGAACAUGACACAUUCAACGACACAUUCAACAAUACCACCAACAUCGAAGAGCUGAUCGUUUACAUGAAUGGAGAGAACGACGAUGACUUUGACAGUGUGAGUGCCGAUAUCAAUGGAACCGUGGAGUAA